UGGGCGGGGCCAGUGUCCAACGGCCGGGACGGUAAUGGCGGCGGCGGCGGCGGGUUCGGGUUCGUUGUCGAGUCUCCGUCUCCGUCUCAGCUCCCGUCUGGCGUUGGUCACAGGUGGAGGGAGUGGCAUUGGGCGAGCCGUGUGCCAGCGGUUUGCCGAGGAGGGAUCGGCGGUGGUGGUGGUGGACGUGGACGAAUCCUCGGCUGAGGAAACGCUGCGGAGCUUGCCCCACGGUGAUCAGCGGCACUCUGUGUUUGUGGCGGAUGUGUCCUGCCCGCAGAGUGUCCACAGCCUGGUCUCUGCGGUACAGAAGCAGUUCUCCCGGCCUCCCUGCGUGGCAGUGAACUGUGCAGGCAUCACCAUGGACGGGCUGCUGCUGAAGAUGGAGGCUGAGGCCUUCGAGCGGGUGCUGAAGGUUAACUUAAUGGGAACGUUCCUGGUGAUCCAGGCUGUUGCCAGAGCGCUGAUUGGCAGCGGUGCCAAGAGGGGCUCCAUUGUCAACCUGGGCAGCAUCGUGGGCAAGGUUGGAAACGUGGGACAGACCAAUUACACGGCAUCAAAGGCAGGAGUGGUGGCCCUGACAAAGAGCAGCGCAAAGGAGCUGGCCAGGUUUGGCAUCCGAUGUAACGCCAUCGUGCCGGGGUUCAUAGACACACGGAUGGCAGCCAAGGUGCCCCCCAAGGUGCUGGACAAGGUGUUACAGCUGGUGCCCAUGGGACGUCUGGGAGAUGCUUCUGAGGUCGCCUCGGUGUGUGCUUUCUUGGCAUCUGACGACAGCAGCUACAUCACAGGAGCCAGUGUGGAGGUGACAGGCGGCCUCUUCAUGUGAGGCUGAACACUGAGCCACAGGUGUGGGGUGCCAAAGAUGCGGAGAAUAGACCAAGCAAUUCCCAAGGAAUGUUUCCUGGGAGAAUCUCCCUGCUUUCCUCUCGUUGGGAUGGUGCACCUCAGAAGAUGGCCGCUCUCUGAUCUCUCUCACUGGGCUGUGUGCCUUUAUUGUUGAGGGAGCCUCUCAUACCGUACUGUACUGCACUGUGUAUGAUAAUGUCCCUGAUACUGGGGCUGUGUACAUUAAACCAGGACGAUGUCUGAUACUGGAGUAAGACAGAAAAUGCUGCGAAUACUCAGCAGAGUUGCUGUUUCAGGCUGAUCAGUUUGGACGUGUGAUGCAAUGAAUUUGUGCCUCACGGCCCCAGGGUCCACACGGACCUCGGGUGCUGUCUGUGUGGAGUUUGCUUGUUCUCCCUGUGACUGUGUAGGUUUCAUCCCAUAUCCCAGGUUAACUGACUGCUACAACUGCCCAGAGUGGGUUAAGAUACAAGAUACAAGAUACAUUUAAUUGUCAUUUGGACCCCCUUGAGGUCCAAACGAAAUGCCGUUUCUGCAGCCAUCCAUAAGAGAUGGAACAUAGAAAAAUAGAUGCAGUGGGCCAUUCAGCCCUUCGAGCCAGCACCACCAUUCAAUAUGAUCAUGACUGAUCGUCUAAAAACAGCAGCCCGUUCCUGCUUUUCCCCCCCAUAUCCUUUAAUUCCUUUAUCCCUAAGAGCUACGGUAUAUCUAUCACUUGAAAACAUCUAGUGAAUUGGCCUCCACUGCCUUCUGUGGCAGAGAAUUCCACAGAUUCACAACGCUGGGUGAAAACGUUUUUCAUCAUCUCAGUCCUAAAUGGCCUACUGCGUAUUCUUAACUGAAACCCCAGGUUCUGGACUGCCCUGACAUCGGGACAUCUUCUCCUGCAUCUGGCCUGCCCAAUCCCUUAAGAAUUUUAUAUGUUUCUAUAAAAUGUUAUAUGUUUCUAUAGGAUCCCCUCACAUCCUUCUAAAUUCCAGUGAACAUAAGCUCAGUCGACCCAUUCUUUCAUCAGAUGACAGUCCAGCCAUCUCGGGAAUUAACCUGGUGAACCUACGCUGCACUCCCUCAAUAGCAAGAAUGUCCUUCCUCAAAUUAGGCACACAAUACCCCAGGUGCGAUCUCACCAGGGCCCUGUAUAACUGCAGUAGGACCUCCUUGCUCCUAAACUCAAAUCUUCUCGCAGUGAAAGAUAGAUCGGCCAUCGUAAAAUGGCUGAGUGGACUUGAUGGGCUGAGAAGUUAGGAGGUCAUGUUGCAUUUGUUGGUGAGACAACAAUUAUAGUUUUGUGUUCAUAUUAUAGAAAUAUGUUAAGCUGGAAAGGGUAGAGAAGAUUUACAAGGAUGUUGCCAGGCCUCUAGGGUCUGAGCUAUAGGGAGAGGUUGAGUAGGCUGAGACUAUUCCUUGGAGAGCAGGAGGAUGAAGCGUGAUCUUAUAGAGGUGUAUAAAAUCAUGAGGAAUAUAUCGGGUAGAUGCAGUUUCUUGCCCAGAGUAGGUGAAUGGAAAACCAGAGGACAGAGUGAAAGGGGAAAGAUUUAAUAGGAAUCUGAAGGGUAGCUUUUUCACACAAUGGGUGGUGGGUGUAUGGAACAAGCUGCCAGAGGAGGUAGUUGAGGCAAGGACUAUCGCAAUGUUUAAUGAACAAUGAAACAAGUACAUGAAUAGGACGGGUUUGGUGGGAUAUGGACCAAAUGCAGACGUGGGAGUUGUGUAGCUGGGACAUGUUGGUCAGUGUGGGCAAGUUGUUUCCACGCUGUAUAUCACUGUAUCUCCCCACUGAUGCUGCCUGACCUGCUGAGUAUUUUGAGACUUCUGUUUUUAUUUCAGACUUUCAGCAUCACCGGUCUUGUGCUGAAA